CACGCAGCCGCCAAGCUGCGGUCACAACCUUACUCUACAACCCACAUGCACAAUGUCUACGGACCCAUAUCAUGCCGUUCAACAAGAGGUCUCUGCGUCGCUUUCGACAGCUGAGACUUUACGCGCGUCAUACCAGAGGAUACGCAGUACAGCUAGUCAAGGCAGCGAGGAGCUGGAAUGGGCCAGGAACGAGUUGAAAGCGACAUUGGCUGCUUUAGAGGCGGACUUGGAGGAUUUGGAAGAAAGCGUGAAAAUAGUCGAGCGGACGGGAGCCAGGAUGUUCGGUAUUGAGGAGUCCGAACUCAUGGAACGGAGGCAGUACGUAGACCGAGUAAGGCGGGAGAUCGAGGGUAUGAGAGCCGAACUCGCAUCAUCCCAACCGGCUGCUCCUCCUUCCUACUCUUCCCGAACGCAGACGCCCAAGCCGGCGAAUGCCCCUGAUGAAUCCGACCCGCAAGCGUCCUGGGCACACCAGGAGCAGGAGAUGAUGUUGAGGCAGCAGGACGAGACUCUGGAUGUCAUCGGCGGCACCCUGAAUACACUGCAGAGACAGGCCGGACUGAUUGGGUCGGAAGUAGCGGUUCACAAUGAGAUGCUAUCUGACCUGGAAACUGGCGUCGACCGCACGGAGAGUAAACUGGGAGAUGCAAUGAAGCGGAUGAGAAAGUUCAUAAGAGAGACGGAAGAGACGAAGUCUGGGUGGUGUGUAGUAAUAUUGACGAUCGUCCUCUUAUGUCUUCUGCUGGCAGUCAUCCUGGUGUGAGAUCUGGUGCGAGCGCAUUAUUGUGGAGUUUAUAGUUCACUCCAUGUUCUAGCUUACUUAUACUCUUAAUCGUGUUCUUUUGUCUCGUCAAAGGGCCUGAUAAAUAAUAACUGGACCGAGGAGGAUCGCUCCUUGCUCAAGGAC